UUUUUCGCGGAGGGCGGGAAAUGCCCGGCAGGGACGGACCAGGCCUCGAGCCCUCGAGGACAGAGGGCGGCAGCACGUGCCCUGCCCCGUUGCCCCGGAGACGGGCGGGGGUUUGUGCUCAAAGCCCGGCCUGUGCCACCCUGACGCGGGCGUGGGGGGUGAGCCCGGGCUUGGCCCUCCUGCCUGCACGCUGCCUCUCGGCCCUGCAUGCCGCCGGCCCCCGCCGGCCCUCCGCGGUGGUACGGCCCGCGCUUAGCGGAGGGCCUCCGCCCCGCCGACACCCGAGUGGCCGCGGGCCUGGGGGAGAGGUGAGAACCCAGGAGUUGUCUGAGCCCUGGCGAGAGCCCGGGGCCAGCGCUUCGGGCGGGGAAGGCCGCCCGCUCUGGCCGCAGUGUCCCGCUUGUGGAGGCAGCGCUCACUUCUCGGGCUCCCCUUCCUCCGGGCCCUUCUGCCCGCAUCCCUCCCUGAAGCUGCCUGCCCAGCUCCCUCAGUGGGGUCCGCGACGGGCCGGGCCCCAGACUCCUCCACCCCCGCGGCAGUUGGAACGCCCUCUUCCCCGCCGCCCACAGCGCCCCCGUUUACUUCUCCACCUAGAUUCCAUCAGCAGGAUGGCGGACGUGGAGGAAAACGUGCCCGGGAAGGACCCUGGCGACGCGGAGAGCAGACCCUGUAAGCCCGAAAGCUCAGGACCGACCCGGGAAGACAAGGGCAGCCUCAAGGACCCCCCUUCCCGCCUGAGAGAUACAGUUAAUGAUGUUUCCAAGCUGAGCAUCGAGAUUGGGAUGAAUCAUGAUUUCCACAUGGAAGAGAAGGUUUUGCCUCCUGGCAGUCUGGAAGGCAGGAUCAAGGAGACCAUGCACAAUGCCUUUUGGGAUCAUCUGAAAGAGCAACUAUCAGCUACUCCACCAGACUUCAGCUGUGCUCUUGAACUUCUAAAGGAAAUUAAAGAGAUCUUGCUGUCACUGCUAUUACCACGCCAGAACCGCCUCAGAAGUGAGAUUGAAGAAGCCCUGGACAUGGGCCUCCUUAAGCAGGAAGCAGAACACGGGGCCCUGAAUGUCCCUCAUCUCUCCAAGUACAUUCUCAACAUGAUGACGCUGCUGUGUGCACCGGUUCGCGAUGAGGCAGUGCAGAAACUGGAGAACAUCACAGACCCUGUCCGGUUACUGAGAGGGAUCUUCCAGGUUCUGGGCCUGAUGAAAAUGGACAUGGUGAACUACACUAUCCAGAGCCUCCAGCCCCAACUGCAGGAACAUUCCGUCCAGUAUGAACGAGCGAAAUUUCAGGACCUUCUCAACAAGCAGCCCAGCCUCCUGGAUCACACCACCCGGUGGCUGAGCCGCGCGGCCGCAGACCUGUCCGCGCCGCUGCCCAGCGGCCCCGACACCGCCGACGCCGCCAGCUCGGCCUGCUCCUCCCCCGGCGAGGUGGCCAACAGCCCGGAGCCCCUCAGCCCCACCAUGGUGCUGUCCCAGGGCUUCCUGAACCUCCUCCUCUGGGACCCCGAAGACGACGAGUUCCCUGAGACCCUGCUGACGGACAGAGCGCGGCUGCAGCAGCUGGAGGCGCAGGUGCGCCAGCUAACCGUCCUGGCCUCCGUCCUGCUGGUCUCCAGCAGCUUCUCUGGCAGCGUCCUGUUUGGCUCGCCUCAGUUUGUGGAUAAGCUGAAACGCCUAACCAAAGCCCUGUUGGAGGAGUUCAAGUGCAGGCCUGAGGAGGAGGCUAUGCUGACUGUGAGUGAACAGGUGGCUCAGGAGAUCCACCAGAGCCUCAAGAACAUGGGCCUGGCUGCUCUGAGCAGCGACAACACGGCCUCUCUGAUAGGGCAGCUCCAGAACGUCUCCAGGAAGGAGAACUGUGUCCGCAGUGUCAUUGAUCAGCGGAUCCACUUGUUCCUCAAAUGCUGUUUGGUUCUUGGUGUGCAGCGGUCUCUGCUGGACCUCCCUGGAGGCCUUACCCUCAUCGAGGCAGAGCUGGCAGAACUGGGCCAGAAGUUCGUCAGCCUCACACACCACAAUCAGCAGGUGUUCGGCCCCUACUACACGGAGAUCUUAAAGGGCCUCCUGCCCCCGGCUCAGGUGCUGGAGACAGAAGUGGCGUCUCUCUGAUGGCGCUGGCUCCAGGCCCUGGCACCUUGGACCCAGCAGAGAAGCCCACCAUCUCCUUGGGGUGAUGUCACCAAGCAGCGCGCCCUCUCCCCAUCUGCAGCCAGCACACCACGCUGCAGUGACCGAGUGUGUAAACUCCAGCUGGCCCAAAUGCAUCCACUAAUAAACUUCUGAACUGCAA